UUUGCGGAUAAAACAUUUCCGUUUAGUUUUAUUCACGAUUUGGUUUUUACGUGAAAUUGAAAGCCCUCAAACGUUCAUUGGAGUGUGGCAUUCGAUUUGGCCCUCUUUUUACGGCUCCGCGUAUGAAUAUGAAGGAUAACCAGCCAUGAUCGGACGUUCCGCGCGGUCGGGAUCGGGAAUUCCCGCCACCACUCAAACAGUAAGCAUUUCGCCGAAGAACCAUGGCUACCAACUUGCCCAAGUAUCAAGCUACGAGAAAGGAUGACACUGAUGAUGCCAGCAGUAGCAGGCGCGGUCCAACCAGCUACGACCAAAGCCGAUUGGGCUCCCAGUCUCGCAGAGACCAGGGCAACCUGGCCGGAGAUAAGGAAGAGGCGACCGCAAAGACACUUCCUGAGAAGUCGACAGAUGGCGGGGCAUUUGACUGGAGAAAGACAGGCGCCAUACCGAAAAGGGGAGCCGGGGGUGACCAGAGCAGAGCGUCGUUGACUGCUGAAGCUGAAGUAUCCCCAAGAGAGGUCAAUGAUCAAAGUCACGUACACGUUGAUGAGGCUGGUGACAGCCAGGCCAACUCUGAUGCCACAAGGAACGCAAGGCCUACUGACCAUCCCAUCAGUACUGCUCAGCUGCCUACCUCCGAGUCCAACCCUUAUGCCUCCAAGUCCUAUUCUUCUGCCAUUUAUAAGACUCUAGUGGAUUCUGGCAACAGUCAAAUUUCAAGGGAUGACCCGACAGUUCAUUGGCUGAAACGGCGUGACUCUCGCAGAUCAUAUAUUGAGGGGGAAAAAGACGAAAUCGUGAAUUUUCGUGGCCCGGGUAAACAUUCCGUGGUCUAUGGUGGUGCGGCUGAGGUGAUUGCGUUGGCAGAAGACAUCAGAAAACGUCAGACAACCUGUGCAGUUCUAGAAGAUGGAAGUCAGGAUGGAGUGCUAAUGUGCAAGAAAUUCACUAUUCGGGGUGGACAUUAUCGAAAUGGUUACGAGUACAGUCAAGGAAAGCUACUGGGAACUGGUGCACACAGCAAAGUCUUCGCCAUUCGUGACAACAAAUCACCAGCAGUCGCUGCCGGAAAAUUUGUCACUUUGAAGCAUUUUGUGGCUGACGAGGCGAUCAUCUGGUGUCCCCUAAUCCACGAAAACAUCGUCCGUCUGUUUGGUCUGAUACAGACGGGUAUUAUGGUCAUGUUUUUGUCAGAAUAUGACCCAGGUAAUCAGACCCUUCAGACGCGUGUGGACCAAUGUGUGGCCUUUGGACAAGGUGAAGCGUUAGAAGUGACAGAGCAACUUCUUGAAGCACUGGCCUUCCUUCAUCAAAAGAACAUCAUUCACAGAGAUGUUUACCCCAGCAAUAUCCUAGUAAAGUCUUGCCAAUCAAAUCAAAAGUAUGGUGGGAACGUCAAGUUGCUUGAUUUUGGAAUUGCUGUGAAGCUGAAAUGUCCUGAAACUGCUGGUUACAUUGAAGAGACGACGGAUGGAAUGGGAAAUGAUACCUACAGGGCACCAGAAAUUGAAAGAGGUGAAAGUUACGAUGGGCGUGUUGAUGUUUGGUCUGCAAGUUGCACUUUGAUGUGUCUUCUCAAGGGUUCUGCUCCCUGGUGUGGAAUAAUAAUCAAGGAUUAUCCUUUAGUGGACAUACCAAAUUCCACUGAUCCCAUAGUGCGAGAUCUUGUGGAACGGGCCCACAAGGUUGAUAAGAAUUCCAGGCCUAGAGCUCAGGAGGUAUUGCAGAGGUGCAAGGAUAUCCCCCGGGAGAAAGUGAAAGAGAUGUACAGCAUUCGUGCCAGACCCGCUAAGCCACUAAUUGACUCCUCACCUGCGAAACUUGGAAACAGCAAUGAGAGCCCGUGGUCAGAUGACAGCUCUGAUGGCCACCCUGUCGAUCCACAACAAGCAGCACCAGUACACGAUGACAUAGGUGCCGGGGAUGCACGCCCCCAUGGUCCUGAUGGCCCCGUCCGUCCCGUCCGCGGCCCACCUGCCGAUCCACAACUAGAUGACGAGACUCUGACCCACAACCAGCCAGCACCAGUACACGAUGACAUAGGUGCCGGGGAUGCACGCCCCCAUGGUCCUGAUGGCCCCGUCCGCCCCGUGCCCGGCCCACCUACCGAUCCACAACUAGAUGAGGAGACUCUGACCCACAACCAGCCAGCACCAGUACACGAUGACAUAGGUGCCGCAGAUGUACGCCCCCAUGGUGUCAAAGGUAUAUUUGUGACCGUCAAGGAUGAAGGCUGCGAGGACAUGAAGAUAAAACUUCCACCAGGAUUGAACUCUGUGAUCUGUGUUGCUGAAGCAUUGUAUGAGGAGAUCAAGACGAAGCCUUUUACUCUCCAUGAGAUGAACGGAGGAGCCUUGGGUAGAGGUCAUACCUUUAGGAUAGGCAACCAUACUCUUGUUGCCAUGCCAGCACCGGAUGGUGGGGAUUGGCCGUGGAGGAUGCACGCAAACGGCAAGGUGGAAUACGCUUAACAAUACUUAAUAUUUUGCAAUGAUGUAACUGCGCAGUGCAUGAAUGACGUGCAAAAGUGUGGUACUCCUGUGCACCACUCAUAUUUUUAUACUUGUAUUAUCCAAUGAAAUCGUCCUCUAUGACAUAUUAUAUAAAUAUAUAAUAUUUAUAUUACAUAUAUUUUUGAAGGAGUUUUAACUAAGGAUAACGGUUGUAGAAAAGUUGUUUAACCAGUUCACGCCGCAUGACGUGUAUACACGCAAAAAUUUGGCAGUAUUCGGAACAGACGACGGAUAAACACGCAACGAGCGAGGCCGGAAAAAUCAGUCAGCGACCCGCUCGCAGCGAGUGAGGCCGGAAAUAUGAGUGUGCUGCCCGAGGGUGAUGGCUUCAACCCGCCUGGCUUGAGGUCGAGUGAAAAGUAAUCCCGUGCCUCGUUCCCUUCUUGUCAAAAUAAUCCCGGCGGGAACUGGUUAAGAACAUGUUUUUUAAACCAUUCUUUGUUUUACAUGGAUGUUUUAGGCUGACUGCCACGUUUAGGCCAUUUAUGGUGCGCACACCUGUGCACAUGUACAUGUAUGUAGAGUGAGGUCUCACGACCUUUUCCCUGCUUUUUAGCCUGGUUUAAACCUGUCAUGUCACAGGCUCUCAACCAAAAGGAAUUGGUAAAUGUAGUAAUGGUAUAAACGAAUA